AUGACUACAAUGAGAAUUAUAAUAUUGGUCUUCGCGCUUUUUCUACAUUCUGUCACGACGUUCGAAGUACAGCAAGUCGUCGACGAGUCAACUCAGACAAAUGAAGAGAUACCUCGUGGCCGGCGGGAUGUUAUCGAAGAGGAAAAAUACUACAACAUACGUACUGAAAACAGAAGAGACAUCAACCACCAACCCUGGCUACCUGCGCCAUUACCCCCAGAGGAUCCCACUACGAAGAUUUCCAUUACCACCGAGCAUCGUGAACCCCUAUAUCAACAGACCACAGAAAUGAUAACAGACAAACCAACCGGUCGGGGAGCUCGAGCAUCCAACGAGAACUGGGUAAAACUCCCAUACCCCAACCAAAAUGACGUCACCAAUCUCAGCCCCCCAAAACCCCCAAGCGACCUCAUCAGCUCGCGGAUGCCCCGAGUCAACUUCGUAACGCAAAACAAACAGUUAGAAGCUUCCGAAUCGAGGAAUGAUAAAGAGGCCAUUCAGAGAGAAACACGCAACGAUGAUUUAAGAACAGAGUUCGUAAGACCGGACGAAGACCGCCACUACAAGCCCGUGUACCCUCGACAAGCCGUUUAUUACCCGGAAGACACCAGACGCCAGUACUACGAUGAUAGAUAUUACGCCCCUGACGAUUUAUACAGACGCGACCCGUACUAUGAUAUUUACGACCGCAAGAGGUAUCCGGGCGCUAGAGUGGACAGAUACGACGAUACAUACGACAACUACGUGCCGCGGAAACCGAAGAGGAUAAUAUACUAUGCGCAUCUGCCCGAGGUGGUACGCACGCCGCCUAGCGUCGAUUUAAGAUACCGGUAUUCCGUCGAUCCCUACAGACGUUUCGACGACGACUAUAACGCGAGAACCGGUCGAUACGACUAUAGAUUCAGGAAUAGAUACCCUUACGCACCGGUUAGGAAAGACGACCGAAGAUUUGGGUAUAGAGAUUUAGCUGGCGCCGGAACUGCGAAUAAAGAUAAGAAAGUUGACGAAAAAGUCACGCCCACACCGAUACAGCCACAAAAGGAUGAUAAGUAUAAGGCUACGGGAAACAGAAAUGCUAAUAGAAACACCAUCAACAGUCACCAGUACCACGAUUCUGGUGAUGCCUAUAACGAUCAGUUAGCUCACAAGGCGUUUAAAGAACCAGUGAGAUCCGAUGAUAGUUUCCUUAGAUUUGAAGAACCGCUUUUCCACAGCACCAUAGACAAUUAUCAGAGGAAAUACUGA